GUAUCCAUAAACGACGGUGAUUGGCGCUCGUGUGACCAAUAGCAGCAGGUCUGACCGACACAUAAACAUCAUCCUUGUGUACUAGAAGCGCUGCUAAACUACAGCAUCCCGACAGAGAUCGGAUGGGACCGGGACGGGCGAGAUCGGUCCGAUGAUCGGCGCGAUAUCGGUCAUUAAUGCGGCGCGGUGCUGAUGCGAGUCGCCACACCCUGCGCGCGCAGCUCUGACUCACGAGGACGGUCUGCCAUCCUGCGCACAUUCAUCCCUCGCACGAGCGGCACGGCAAGGCAUCGCAGCGGACAGCAGCCAUGGCAGAAUCGGAGACGCGUCAGAGGCUGCUGCGCAACGUCAAGAAGGAGGUCAAGCAGAUCAUGGAGGAGGCCGUGACACGCAAGUUUGUGCAUGAAGACAGCAGUCACAUAUUCUCUUUCUGCGGUGUGGUGGAAGCGUGUGUUGUUCACGGCCUGAAGCGACGGGCUGCUGGCUUCCUGCGCAGUAACAAGCUGACGGCUCUCUUCAUGAAGAUGGGGAAGAUGUUUCCACCAGCCGAGGAACUCUGCAGAAAAGUUCAGGAACUGGAGCAAAUCAUCGAGAACAAACAAAAUCAGGGUCAGAUGAGUCAAGAGAGCGUCCGAAAACAGCCCAGGCCACUCAACCUGUCGCCGCUGGCUAUCAAACACCUGUGGAUCCGCACGGCGCUCACAGAGAAGCUGCUGGACAAAAUCGUCCUGUACUUGGUGGAGAACAGCAGCAAGUUUUAUGAAAGAGAAGCUCUUCUGAGAGAUCCAGUUGACGGCCCAAUCCUCGCAUCUUUGCUUGUCGGUCCCUGUGCUUUGGAGUACACAAAAGCGAAGACGGCCAAUCAUUUCUGGACAGACCCCUCGGCUGAUGAACUGGUGCAGAGACACCGCAUUCACAGCGGACACUGCCGGCAAGAUUCCCCCACCAAACGCCCGGCUCUCAUCCAGAAGCGGCAGUCGAGCGGCAGUAUGGAUGACCGGCCGUCUCUCUGGGCGCGGGAUUACGUCGAGUCUCUUCAUCAAAACUCCAGAGCCACGCUGCUCUUCGGGAAGAACAAUGUCCUGGUGCAGCCGACAGAUGACAUGGAAGCAAUCCCAGGAUACCUCUCUCUUCACCAGACGGCCGAUCUGAUGACGCUCAAAUGGACACCGAACCAGCUGAUGAACGGAAACAUGGGGGAGUUUGACUAUGAGAAAAGUGUAUACUGGGAUUUCGCCUUGACCAUUCGUCUGGAGGAAAUCGUCUAUCUGCACUGCCAUCAGCAAGUGGGCAGUGGAGGUACUGUGGUUUUGGUCAGUCAGGACGGGAUCCAGAGGCCUCCGCUUCGCUUUCCUAAAGGCGGUCACCUGCUGCAGUUCCUCACGUGUCUGGAGACGGGCCUGCUUCCUCACGGACAGUUAGAUCCUCCGCUCUGGUCCCAAAGAGGAAAGGGAAAAGUGUUUCCAAAACUGCGUAAAAGGAGUCCGCAUGGAUCCUGCGAGUCAUUCUCGGACAAAGAUGAAGACGAGGCCACUGAUUAUGUGUUUCGGAUCAUAUAUCCGGGCAGUCAGGAGUUCGUGGUGCCGGAGCUCAUGGAUCAGACGGUGAACUUGUGGCAGCCCGCUCCCAGGAAGUCGUCUUGUUCUUCCUGUUCGCAGAACGGCUCGUCAGACGGUGGACUUCCCAAUGGAUGCAACCAUGACAGGGCGCCACUGAAGCUGCUCUGCGAGACCAUGAAGCACCAGAUCAUCUCCCGCGCUUUCUACGGCUGGCUGGCGUACUGCCGUCACCUGUCCACCGUUCGCCCACACCUGUCUGCUCUGGUGAACCCCGCUAUCAUUGAGCCAGACCUCCCCUAUGAUGCCAGAGGCGGUCUGUCUGCAGACGUGUGGAAGACCUUUCUACAGGACAGCACUGCGUACGAGGAGGAGGAGCUGCUUCGGCUGGUGUAUUACGGCGGCGUGGAGCCGUCUCUUCGUAAAGAGGUCUGGCCCUUCCUUCUGGGCCACUACCACUUCAGCAUGAGCCUCACAGAGCGCAAAGAGGUGGACGAGCAGAUUCGAGCGUGUUACGAGCAGACCAUGAGCGAGUGGCUGGGAUGUGAAGCCAUCGUGCGUCAGCGGGAGAAGGAGCAGCACGCCGCCGCUCUGGCCAAAUGCGCGUCCGGUGCCAGCGUGGACCACGGCUUGCGCCAAGACUCCACCAUCAGCACGGAUUCGUCUCAGAGCAGCAGCAGCAGCUCCGAUAAACAGAGUCACGCCGGAUCACACAGCCAAUCCAACAGCAGCACUCAGGUGUUCGGCUCUGUAGACGAGGUGGACCCGAUCGAAUCUGAGCCCAAACCCAAAGACGAGAAGCCGCAGCCCAAAAUCCCAAACGGCGCUCUGCCCAACUGCACCAGUUCUCCAGACUCCGGACACCCAUCGUCCCGUAACUUCUCCGUGACCUCGGCGAUCUCAGACUGCUCUCCGAGCACAGAGGAGACGUCCACGCAAGAGUCGGGGCCCAAAACCGCUGGCCGAGGGCCGCCAUCAGGAGACCAGACGGAUGAGAAGACCAAAGAGGAGCGACCAGAAAACCGCUUGACUACUCAGGACACGGUCAAAGAAGAUGAUGUAGAUUCACACACAGAGAGCGCUGCUUCAGAAGCUGCGAUAAAACCUCUGGAAAGUGACAAGCUGCAGACUUCGAAUGCAGAGGAAACAUCUCGGGACGUAGAGUCAGAAGACGCAAACUCAAAAAACGCAGCUGAAAUGCAAAACAGUGCCAGGAAAUCUGAAGAAAAUGACACGAAUGAAUCAAAAGAUCCUGUUGAAGACACAACAAAGUCCACGGAGUCGAAAGAGGCUGAGAUUGAAGAUCCACGACGUGCGUCUUCGCCGUCUGGAGAAGAAAACGCAAAAUCUAAGACUGACCCAAAACUGGCUUUGAAAGUGGACGAAGGCCAAGAUGCAGACUCCGAAUCGCUGGACGUUCUGAAAAUCUCUCAAACGGAUGAAAACAAACCUGAGGCUUUGGGAAAAGACACAUCUGAACCGCAGAAUGUGACACAAACCCAGAAUGAAGCCGAAACUAUCAGCUGGGACGCCAAUCACAGCAGGUCCCGAUCGAUCAUCAGACAAAUGACCGAAUCUGAGUCGGAGAGCUGCGGUCCCAUCACCUCCCUAUCGAAACAAUCCCCAGACAUGUCUGACGACUCGCCCUCGGCGCUGGAAAUGGAGGAGAUUGCUUCAUCGGUGGUUUAUAUGUCCUCGGAGAGCGGCGUGUCCAGGACGCCUCUGACUUUGGCUCGUCCCGUGGCGCCGGCUCUGGAGCUCUGCAUGGUCAACACAAGUCCGGAGGGAACAGACUCUGCGCUCUCGGAGGAGGAACCGGAGAUGGACAACUUAUUCCCCAAACCAGACUCUCUAGCCGUCACAGGAGACAAGAACGACAUCGCGUCUCCAGUGUCGUCUAUCGGGACGACCUACUCGCAGGAGCUGGUGGACCUGUACACACUCAAUCUGCACCGCAUUGACAAAGACGUCCAGCGAUGUGACAGAAACUACUGGUAUUUCACCCCGGCCAACCUGGAGAAACUGCGCAACAUCAUGUGCAGUUACGUUUGGCAGCACCUUGACAUUGGAUACGUCCAGGGAAUGUGUGACUUAUUAGCACCCCUGCUGGUCAUCCUGGAUGAUGAGGCCAUGGCCUUCAGCUGCUUCACUGAGCUCAUGAAACGAAUGAACCAGAACUUCCCUCACGGAGGAGCCAUGGACACACACUUCGCCAACAUGCGCUCCCUGAUCCAGAUUCUGGACUCGGAGCUGUUCGAGCUGAUGCAGCAGAACGGCGAUUACACACACUUCUACUUCUGCUACCGCUGGUUCCUCCUGGACUUCAAGAGAGAAAUGGUGUACGAUGACGUGUUCUUGGUGUGGGAGACCGUCUGGGCCGCGCGUUACGCCUCCUCGGAGCACUUCGUGCUGUUCAUCGCGCUGGCGCUGGUGGAGCUGUACCGCGACAUCAUCCUGGAGAACAACAUGGACUUCACCGACAUCAUCAAGUUCUUCAAUGAAAUGGCUGAACGGCAUGACGUCCCGAAGCUGCUGCUCAUGGCCCGAGAGCUGGUGCACAAGGUCCAGAUCCUGAUUGAGAACAAGUGAAUCAACUUCUGAAGACGCUCGGUAUCUGUUUUUAGCCUUUAAACAAACCCUCAGCUGAAGUAAAGGCCAAACCAGUGUUGUUUUCAUCUGCCCAGACUUUAAUAUCAAUAUUUAUUAUAUUUCAGAUUAAUUUAUAGAGAAUGCAUAUUGAAAUAGGAAGUUUGAGCAGGACAAAUGUGACCCUGGAGCACAAAAGUAGUCUU